AUGGAGAAUAAAGAAGAAAAGAAGGGCAGUAUAAGUAUGGUUGAGGCUAACCUGCCUCCUGGGUUUAGAUUCCACCCGAGAGACGACGAGCUCGUCUGCGACUACUUGUUGAAACGAACUGUUCGUAACCUCUAUCAACCAAUUGUCUUGAUCGAAGUCGAUCUCAACAAGUGCGAGCCUUGGGAUAUUCCUCAAACGGCGAGUGUGGGAGGAAAAGAGUGGUAUUUUUACAGCCAAAAAGAUCGAAAAUACGCAUCAGGACACAGAACAAACCGGGCUACGGCCACCGGUUAUUGGAAAGCCACCGGUAAAGAUAGAUCAAUCCAAAGAAAUGGUAGCCUUGUGGGUAUGAGAAAAACACUUGUGUUUUACAAGGGUCGAGCCCCAAAAGGUCGUAAAACCGAUUGGGUCAUGCACGAGUUUCGUCUCCAAGGAACACUUCUUCGCCACUCACCUAAUUCUCUCAAGGAAGAGUGGGUAUUGUGUAGAGUUUUCCACAAGAACAGCAACGAAAUGGACAGAGACAACAACACGAGAAGCUGCUCCGAUGAAACAUCCUCUGCACUGAUGGACUCUUACAUCAACUUCGAUCAUCAUCACAUCAUCAACCAGCAAGUGCCCUGCUUCUCCAAUUUGUCACAGAACCAAACCAACCAAUCCGGUUUAGUUUCCAAGAAUCCCAACCCGUUGUUAAUUACUGCUUCCUCUGAUCAGAUGGUUCUCAGAGCUUUGCUAAGUCAGCUCACCAAGAGUGCCGCAAAAUCGCAAAGCUACGGAGAAGGAAGCUCGGAGAGCCAAUUAACCGACAUUGGCAUCCCAAACCAUGCUUGGAACUACUGA